AUGGCCGAGGACAAGAAGUUAGGUGUUACCCAUAGCAUAAGGGAAAAGCUAAAUUUUCAGGACGAGCGGCUCUGGAAACGGUUUCUGGCCCGGCGGCUCGAGCUCAUAGAUACUUUGGAUCUCAGCUCGAAAAAGGCUAGUGAGCAAGAGGACGAGAUUAGAAAGGUUGCAGAGAUCUUGCGCUUGGAGUUCAAGUUCGACGUUCAGUUUUUUGAGGAUUUCGACAAGCUCGUGCGUGCUGCCGUCCAGAGUGUUCGCCGGAACCGGAAAAGAUCCACAAAGCUGAAACGAAAUGGAGCAUCCAAAAGACAGAGGGUUUCGUCCGAGGGCUCUUCGGAUGUCAAACAGGAAACCACCACCCCGGAGCCAAACGGCCACGACAGCGAUCGCUUCCUCUCGGAAAUCACUAGACUUAAUACAGACGGAAACGACGAGGUGUACGACAUGAACUACUCGAGAACAAAAGCCAUCACGAACCACGACCAGUCCCGAGCCGCCAUAGGCUCCAUUAUUCAGCCCUUGCUGAGCAAAUUCGAGUCUCGACCUCACCUCGGCGUGAUGCUCCCUCCUUUGCCUAGCAUUCCCACUUCUUGUCUGUCACAAGCUGAGAAUGAAAAAGAGCUCCAGGCCAUCAGAAUAGCGCUUUUGCUCCUAAUGAAAAGAUCCAGGCUGUGCUUGGAGUCCACGACAAAAACAAGAAAUGAGUUUCUCCGGGGCUUGGGCCAGAACUCCAUAGGCGCUAUAGCCGCCUUGAUGUUUGAGAAGUCCUUCAUCAACCUCAACCAGACAUCCAUAGACUAUCUUCUGGAAAAACUACUUCUGCAUCCCUUCCUAGCCCAAUUCUACCGGAGCUUGGAACCCGACUCGCAUGUGAACAAGUCUCUCGACGACGAGACGGCCUCGUUGACCUUACAGACCCUUGUUGGCUGCUGCAUCAAAGACUUUGGCUUUGAUCGUAUAUUGUACCCGCUUGGUGAAGCAUUUUACCGGAGCAUUCUUCUAGAGUAUCCUUUGGUUCUGAACUCCUCAAAACCAUUUCUUAGGACAGAGAUUGAGAACUCUCAGCAGACUCCAGACCCAGAGAUCUCACAAAGUGGCAACUUCUCGCUCACUAAUUUGGCCGCAGUGGCAACCGAGCUUAGAAGUCACGCAAGAGCUUCUUCUGAGCUUGAUUCCGAUAAAAAGCUGGUGGUGCUUCGAUUCUUGUCCUCCUCUCUUGAGUUCACAUAUCCGACCAGAAACUCAGCACCACCUCGUUUUGUGGAGAUCAUGGAGAACGCCACACAAGCAUUCAAGCUCAAUGGCACCCAAAUCUAUGGACUUCGCAAUUGCAAAACUGGUGCUUACGUUAGUUCAGACUUCGACCUCGAGAAUAUCUUUGGCAAGGAGGACAACAUUGAGCUCGAGAUUUUCCCUCAAAGAAUCCCCAGCAUUCCAACAUAUGAGAUGGCUAAUACAGUCACGCUGUCAAGGUACUCUGACGACUCGCCAAGGAUAAUUUUGCCCCCACCUUUCAAACCAACUCCCUCCAUUCCAUCAUCAAUACCGGCAGCUAUUCCUGAGCCAAGAUUGCCACAGCCACAGCAACCCUCGUCGCCCAUUGUCCAAAACAAUGUGCAGCAGCUGAGACCUAGAACGCCUCUUCUUCCGAAAUUUCAGCCUCUUUUAUAG